ACAAUGUUCCUUUUAAUAGCACUGAUGAUGGGAGCGUUCGCUGGGAAAGUAGAGAGACCACGUUAUCAUACGGCGUAUGCUUGCGAAGGAAACAACUUGAAAAUUUCGUGUGAGAACGGCCAAUUAAUUCAGCUACUACGUGCCAAUUACGGUCGGUUUAGUAUAAGCAUUUGUAACGAGCAGGGCAUUCUAAACUGGAGCGUGAAAUGUGCUUCGGAGAAAUCGUACUUCGUGAUUCAUGAAAGCUGUAUAGUCAAUGUCACAAGUAAUACGUUCGGUGAUCCCUGUCCGGAAACUUAUAAGUAUUUAGAAGUGCAAUACCAGUGCAUGCUAGAAUUUAACCCCUUGUCUUCUACCAUGUCAUCAACGACAACUUCCACAACUACAACUACAAGGCCACCAAUCGUAAUUCCUAUUACCAAAUCAAGAACAACAACAUCAACAACGACAACUACACCAUCGACAACGACAACUUCCACAACUACAACUACAAGGCCACCAAUCAUAAUUCCUAUUACCAAAUCAAGAACAACAACAACAACGACACCAACGACAGAGCAUCCGAUCCCCACAACUUUAUCAUUAUCGUCUUCAAUUUCAACGUUCAUUUCUAUUUCUUCAAACUCUACCAAUACAUUUGAAUACGACAGAAAAUUUACGAGAUCCAAAACAGAGACAACAACAGUGUAUCACAGUUCGUCAUCACCUCCACCAGUAUUUCAUAAUGCUUUGUACUGUCCACCUGUCAUCGCAAGAAGUAUUCUUUGGAACUGGACAAGAGAAGGACAAGUAGCGAUAGAGAAAUGUCCCGGUGGUUCAACUGGCUACGCUAGAUGGCAGUGUGGAACUAAACCGGUUGUAUGGUUGCCACAGUCUCCUGAUUUGAGUGAAUGUCAAUCGAUGUGGGUGGAUAACGUGCACAGGAAAGUUGAUGGAGAGGAAUCUAUUGUUGGGAUAGCAACGGAAUUGGCUGUAAUAACAAAAACAAAACCUCUGUAUGGAGGGGAUAUCCGGCAAGUGGCAGGCAUCACCCAGAGACUGGUUGCCAAGAUGGCGGUUAGUGCUAAGGAUGUAAGAAAUUCUGAACAACGCUAUCUAGGCUUUCCAAACCACCAACGACAACAGAUUGCACGUGAAUUGUUGGAGCUAAUGACUGAAAUAAGCAGUAACCUAUUGGAACGAUACCACCACGACUCCUGGCGGGACCUUCCGAUACCCGAACAGAGAGCUUCUGCUUCAGCAUUAAUACGAGGGUUGGAAGAAAGUUGCUGGCUGCUAUUGGAAUCUCAAACAUCCAUUAAUCGUUUUCAUACGGUCGAGAAGAAUUUAUUGGUAUCGGUGCGACGAAUCCAAACAUGGUCGAUAUCCGAGGUUCGAUUCCCGACCUCUAAGGACGUGGAGGGAUCUGAAUGGACAAGAAUGGAGGAUUUUAUCAUUGUUCCUACACAAGCUCUACUUGGCGUUGCACAAAAUGGAGUUGUGGACAUUGUAUUUUUAGCUUAUAACAAGUUGGAAAACUUCUUAACCGCAGCAGAUCGUGGAAUAUUCAGUCGACCCCUUUCGGCAGACAAGCAAAGUAAUAGCUCGCACAUAAUCAACUCGAGGGUUCUGGCAGCGUCGGUUCGGCGCCAUGGCUUGGCCAACCUUCAUCAACCUGCAAAAAUCGUCUUUAGGCAUAUCCAGGAGGAGAAUGUGACCAAUCCAAGAUGUGUAUACUGGGAUUUUAAUAACAGAAUGUGGUCAGGGGAAGGAUGCUGGACGACUUCAACUAACAGAACUCACACUGUAUGUUCCUGCAGUCAUUUUACCAACUUUGCUUUGUUAAUGGAAGCAUCAUCCAUGGAGCAAAACGAAGUCUUCGAAAAGACAUCGAAAGUAGCAGUGUGGAAUGGUUGUAGAAUAUGCAUGGCAUUUAUUUUGCUCACGUUUCUAUUGCUUAUGAGACUGAGGAGACUGAAAGGGGAUAUAUAUACCAUACGGAAAAAUAUAUUAGUGUGCCUUUUUCUGGCGGAAACAGUUUUCCUUAUCGGCAUAGAACAAGCGACAAAUAGAAUUGUAUGCGGUGUUUGUUUGCCUGGACUCUACUAA